AUUCUAACCGUCUGAGUGCCUCUGCCGCUGCCCUGCAUCUGUAAAAGCUCUGAACUCUUUGGCUUCGAGAUCCAACUACUCCUUUGCUGUUGUCAAGCCUUCCCCAGCAUAAAAAAGGCGACUUUGCUGCAGAGUUCGCCGAGUUCUUAUAUGUAUAUUGAUCUGAGAUCCUAAUCUCUUAGACGUCUCUGCCGCUUCCCCGCAUCUGAACUCUUUUUGAGUUCUCGCUUUGGCUCUCGGAUCCGUACUACUCUGUUUUUUCUUAUCGGUGUUCUUCCCAGACCCACCCAGAUAAAGGCGCCUUGAGUUAAGUAAAUAAGAGGCGAUUAAGGUGGAGAUCUCCCUAAUAUUUGAAGAGAUACGAACAAGUUUCCAGGAAUGAAAACUCUGCAAUCUGAAUCCAUCUUUCCUAGGAUAUAGAGGAAGAUACUUAUGCUAUCAGUCAUCGUUUUGCAGCGGAGACAGCAGAGAAGAAAAGACAGAUCCAGCCAGGCGCCCACCUUAUAACUAUGUCGUCCAGUUCUAGUUUUGCAGAUCAGAGGGGAGAAGAAAAUAAAGGAGCUGACCCUGCAACCGUCGCCGCUGAAGGCUCUGUUUUAACUGGACACGAGAAAGAAGAACUAUGGGAAGGAGGUGAUAGUAAUAGUUGUAGUUUGGACCGUAUUAAUGGAUUCCCUGACGAAAUCCUCGUCAACGUUCUAUCCUCCUUGACCCUCAAGGAGGCAGCUAGAACUUCAGUCCUCUCAAAUAGGUGGAAAGAUUUGUGGAAAUCCGCGGUAACAGUUAUGGACUUUGAGCACUUGACGAAGUUGAAUCAAAUUCUGGACAGACACGCGGCUCCCAAAAAACAAAUUCGAAGGUGGCAGAAGGAGCACAGGCGUUGGUUCAUUGAUUGGGUGAAUGGGGUUUUGACGCAGCUGCAGCAGCAGAACCAUCGUGGCUCGAAAUUGAGCAAGUUCCGAAUAUGUUUCACCUUGAACAAAAGGUGCAAUUCUGAAGGGGAUAUUGAUCGAUGGCUGGAGUUUGCAAUAUCGAGGGAAGUUGAGCAUCUUGAGCUGUCCUUGAAUAUGAUGCGUUUGUGGGGAGAGUGGGAUUAUGAUUCUUAUCCCUUCUCGCAAGGUUGCUUCAAUCACAUCAAAACUCCAACAGGGUUGUCCAAUAUUAAGUCUCUAAGAUCCUUACGUUUGAGUUAUGUUGCUGUCAAGGGCGAGGUGCUCCAACACUUCAUCUCUAAUUGUCCCUUCCUUGAAGUGUUGGAUGUGGAACAGUCAAGAUUGCUAAAGGCGCUCAAGGUCGUGGGUUCAUCAACAUCUCCACUUCCGUUAAAGCAUUUGGAAGUGAAAGGCUGUCUCUUUCUAAGGUCGGUAGAGAUUGAACACGCUCCCCAUCUCUCACACUUGAUUCAUGAAGGCAGGGUUGCGGAAUUGCGUGUUGACAAUUGUCCCCGUCUCGUGGAUGUGACCAUUUUUUUCGACGACUGGCAUCCUUCCAAAAUUCCAUUCCUUUCUAGCUAUGCCGGUCAAUUGGAGUCCCUGACGCUGGAGACGAGCCAGCGUGCUAUCAAGUUUCUGGAUGUGCCUGAACUCCCUCGCCUUAAGUCGCUGACACUAAGAACUGAUGCAUUAAGCUGUGAUAGUAUACUUGGCUUGAUUCCUGUGAUCAACGCAUGCCCUAGUUUGCAGAAACUGACGGUGAAGCUGCUGCUCUAUUCACGCGAUUCCAGCAACCACUCAGGUCUGUACGAUCAGCAAGGUGGGAUAGCACAUUGCGAAGGCAUCAAAGUGGUAGAGGUUGUUGGGUUUUCAGGCUAUCAUGUCGACUGCGAAUUUGUUGAUUAUGUGUUGGAGCAUUUCGUGGGGUUGGAGAGGAUGGUGAUUGAUAGAGGUUUGACCACUCCCUUUAGGGGCGAGUUAAAGAACAAUUGCAGCAAGAAACAAGCCAAGAAAGCCAGGAAGCUUGCGUUGAAGUACAAAUCCAAAGCAUCUGCGUCACUUGAAUUUCUUGUAAUUUAGUUGUUUCGUUAUUCGUGUGUGCAUGCCGCCAUUCAAAGGGAUAAACUAGCAGACUGUAUCAUUUUUUACUAACCUAUUAUUCUUCGUCUCUGCCAAAAUGUAUUUGCCCUACACAUUAACUUGGGAUUUCAUAAAAGGAGUAUGUAUAAUGCAAUAUGCACAUAAGAA